UCCGGGUCCGCUCCUGCCCGCCGUGGCUAAAGGCGCUCGGCAGAAUCGCAGCUGAGGGGCCACACUUAACUGGGAUUGCGCUGCUCCGGUUGUUUGGAAGCUCUGGAAGGCAAUGACACUGAUUUAGAGGCGUUUACAGUGUUUCAGCACUGAGCUGAAAUUAAUUGAGAGAUGAGCCUACGAAGUCAGGGCAGGUACAAGGAGUCCAAAGUGCAUUUUGUUCCUUAAAGGCUAUGGUAAUUUCAUUGUAAGGAGAUCCAGAGUCUUCAGAUUCACACCCAAAAGUCAUGGACUGAGGUUUCAUUUUGCUUUAUCAGAUUUAAUUUUUUAUUAAAAUAGCAUGAAGUUUGGAUAGCUUUUCUGGAAAAAAGGGCUUUAGAGCUCAUGUCAUUCCACCCCUGCCAUGGCAGGGACACCUCCCACUGUCCCAGGCUGCUCCCAGCCCUGUCCAGCCUGGCCCUGGGCACUGCCAGGGAUCCAGGGCAGCCCCAGCUGCUCUGGGCACCUGUGCCAGGGCCUUACCUCCCCUGCAGGGAACAAUUUCUUCUUAGUUUCACUGAACAUUGUUGAUAGCACAUUUCCUUUUUUUUUUUUUUUUUUUUUUUUUUUUUUUUUUUUUUUACUAGCACAAAUGGCAUAAAAUGACAUGCAGUAACUCAGGGAUAUAAGUGAAGAGGCAUUAGUUUCUUUCCCCAUUCUGUUUCCAGCUCCCCUUGACUUUGGUUUUGAUUUUAAAGCAUUAUUAAUGAUGAAAGUAACAUACAAAAUCUUUUUUUUUUGUUUGUGUGUUACUUUCUGCGUAGUUUUCCUUUCUGUCUCUUCCAUGAUCAGUCUAUAUAUAAGGUUUUUAGAACUGUUCCCUGUUGUUUGUGCAGGAAUCUGGCUCUGUGAGGCGUUGCCUUAAUUGGUUUUUAGAUGCUGUCAUGAGUAACUCAGAUAAAUAAUACAAAUAAGGGGUGGAGUUUGUCACUGCUUUUCUUUAUUCUUCAGUUUUGAGCUUUUCAUACUCGUGCUGUGUCUGAAACAAAUUUAGACCUUGUCUGAUAUUUUCUCCCUCUUUGAAGUAAAUGCCUUCAGAAUUUAAGCCCCCUCACUUUUCAUUUCCUUCAAUGUCUUACAUUUGUGAACUGUUGUCAUGUGUCAGUGAAGCAUAUACUAGAUAUGGUUUUGUGAAGUUUGCAGAUUAAUAGUGGAACACAAAUUCUGGGAGGAUCCAGGGAGGCACAGCCAGCAUGGUGUGGUGGAGGUGAAACCUCACAGUGGGUGUCCUAGAAAAGUUCUGCAUCUCCUCUGCCUUAACCACCUUGCUGGAUUGUGUGAACUUGUGCAUGACAUCUCUUCAUCCACCACAUAAGGUCAGCCCUUGCUGAAUGUCUUUAAAAAUACCACACCAGAGGGAAUUGUAGAUCGCUCCUGCAGGCAACUUCAUGCUCUCAAACUUUAGUUUCUUUUCUGAAGGAAAUGAUUCCUGAUGUUGGGAGAAGUGAUGAGCCAGGAAAGGGGAAAUGCAGUAUUUAAGUAAAAGCCAACUAUGGGUGGAUGGCUGCAGGAUUCUGCCUGGAAUUCUACCUGGUUGAUUAUGCCAGACUUAAUGGGGAUCCAAAAAGUAUGCCAAGUAUGAAAAAAGUAUGAAAACUCCUAUAAUCAACUUUAGUUCCACUCCUAACUUCACCAUAGAUACAGGUAACUUAGAAGAGAAAUGCCCAGUGGUGCUUCUGUUUCUCUUACUGGAUGAAAGUAACUUGGAGGCUGAUUUGCAGUGAAUAAUCAGUGAAGCCACCCAGCAUUUUCUGGAAUAUUGCAUGAUCUCAUCAUGAAGAUCUCUCUCCUGCAGCAGAUGUAUAAGGAUGUCCUGGCAGGCAUUCCCCUAGCAAGGGAAAGCCAUCAUUAUUCCUCUUUAAUUAAUCUGUGUGUUGAGCAGCCAGCAGAAGGAGAUGAGUCCUGUCAUCAGCAGCAUCUGCCAUCUACUGCUGGUGGUGUUGGGAGCUGUGAGGACACUGAUAUGUCAGAUGUUGUCCCCGCAACAGAUGAUUUAUCCAACAGCUUUGCAAACAUGAGCUCCUCAUUCUGCCCACGGGAGGUGAUGCUGCUGCAGCUCACCUUGAUCAAAAUGAUGGUGGCCAAAGCAGAGUCCCAGGAGAUUGAGCUCCACACGAGACAGAAGUACUGUGAAAUCUUUGUUCUUCUUCUGAAGGAGGCAAAAAUUGACUCAAAAUUGAUUCACCUGCUCGGUUCUGAUGAUCGCCUGUUAUCUCACAUGGCCUCACAAAGUUUGGCAUCUCUUGUGUAUUUCCAGCUGAAGGAAGAGGACGCCUUGAACGUCCCGUGGCUGAGCUUUAGCCUGGCGGCGCUGCUGGCAUUCCCCGGGAAGGCGCGGGUGGCCGCUUGCCUGUGCACUCUGGCGGCGCUUCUCAAGGAGACGCUGAAGGACGCGCUCGGAGCCCGAGCAGGUGUUCUGAAGAAGUUGUUGGCUCCUCUUGAUGCAGUGCUUGAAGGAUUUUAUAAUGCCAUCCUGCUCCAUCAUUUUGACAGUCACCACUACACUUCACCUUAUUCUGAAGCUGCAAACAAUCUGAUCAGUUUUAUAGAUCUGCUUGAAGCACUUUUGGUUUCCAGAACUGAACUGGAAGUACCCCUCAGGUGCCAGAGAAUUUUAUUUUUGAAAGUUUCUUAUGCCCUCAACGUUAUUAGCUCAUCAGUUCCUUAUGUAAUCAAGAAGAAAUUCAUUUUGCUCCUUAAAAAAUGUGUCCUUUACAAGUCCAGAGAAGAUGCUAAAAGUGGAUCAGCGUUCUUACAAACCCCAUCUUUGUGUGAGGAUAUGCUUGCCCUGAGUAAUGUUGUUCUGCAGGUUGUGAAUUUGACUUGGCUUAAUCAGAUCCCACUCAGUGGAAAGUCCAGCUACUUUGGAAGCAGUGAAGCUGCUCCUGGACACGAUUCUCAAGGUGCUUCUGACCAAACUGUUCUCAGAGCCUUAAGUCUGGUUGUGCUUAAAGCACUGGAAUUCAAGAUUCACAACUCUCAAACAGAAGCAGAAAUCAAAGGAGACUUUGAGAGCUCCAUGUCCCAGCUGCUGAUGUUCUGGAGGAAUCAUGUAAAGCCUUCCCCACAGUCUCACCCAGCUGGGCAUCACUGUGAGUGGCUCUCCUUGGUUUUCAUGGAGCAAGAUGAUGACAUGUGGGAAGCUGCUAAAGCUUUAUUGCUCAUCUAUUUAAAAUUUGAUAGGUUAUGGCGUGGUGCUGCUGCUAACCUAAGCCAAAAAGAGGAGGAAUCCUGGCAGUUCCUUGUGCAUGCAGGUGGAUAUAACCCACACUGUAUCUUUUUAUUUUUUCUGGAAAAGAUUGCAUUUGAUUCCACAGUACUUCUAGAUUUUUUGAUUUCGUCAGAGACUUGCUUUCUGGAGUACUUGGUCAGGUACUUAAAGCUGCUUGUGAAGGAGUGGCAUCAGUUUGUAGAUGUCUGUAACCAUUUCGAUACCCGGCACAGCACUUUCCGCCCAGUUUGUUCUGUCAAGCCACCCCACCAAGAAAAGCAAAACUUUGUGGCUGGGGAGAGUUUGCAAAAUGCUGUUUGUGCAGCAGAACCACAGACUCCGAAGGCUUUGGCUCCUUCUCACAACUGCCCGGUGUUUAGGGCACAGCAGGGUGAUAAUGAGGCUGCCGAGUGGAACCAGUCUGACUCACUGACCGGCACUGAUAGCACGGCCCUGCCUGGUUCCCUUCAAAGCCUGGUUAAUUAUGACAGCUCAGAGGACUCGGAGGUGGAAUCAGAUGGAAAGGAGUGCUUGGUAAACACAAAACAAUUGCCUUCAAACAAUGAGGGUGAGGUGAGGAGGAGGGAAACUGGUUGCGGCUGUAGAGAUGAUGACCGGAAUCCAUGCACCUCUGAAGUGUCGCCUACGAAACCGAAGGGAUCUCCUACCUCAUCCUGUUGGACUUGUAUGGCACCUCCAGAUAACACUGCUCCCCUAAGAGUGAUGCUUUACAAAUCAACAAAGUGUUUGGAAGAGCUGCAAGAGGCUGUUUCUAGGUUGCAGAGAAGAAAUCUUUUCCCAUAUAAUCCAUCUGCGUUGUUGAAACUGCUGAGCCACGUUGAGAAGAUGAGCAAAUCCACGAAUCCACAAUAAUCCAAAG